AUGUCCAAGCAGGCAGAGAGCAUGCAGAUCGACGCGCAAAAAGCGGGAAGCCGUCUCAAGGGGAAGUUGCCGUUGCGGCCGCAUUCGAAGUACGAAGAGAUGCCGGCGAUCCCUGAGCAGGCGAUGGAGUUCCUCUCUCGGACAUGGAACCCCUCCUCCUCGGAUAUCUUAGAAAUACUCUCCCCUAGGGGAGUUCUGGCAAGUUGUGGGAGCUCAAGCUCCAAGCAUCAUCGGCCUUUCUGGCUGAACGUUGGACAGAUGAGGACGAUCCUCAGAGACUACUUCCUGGACACCGUCUCCUUCACGGGUAGCCGGAGACGGCAGAGGCGCGACGACCUCCGGCUGCACUCGGCGCAGGCUCAAGCAGCCGUAUCGGUGGCUCAGCUCGCCGCGGCCAUCGCCGGCGUUGUGUCGGCGUUCGAUCCACGGACGAGCCAGGGAGACAAUGGCAAGCUGGGCGGGGAGCUGGCCUCCGCCGCCGCGCUGGUUGCCACCGUCUGCGCGGAGGCUGCGGAGUCCGCCGGAGCCCACCGGCCCCGCGUGACUUCUGCCGUGAACACCGGCUUCGAGAGCCGCUCCCAUGCCGAGCUCCUCACGCUGACCGCGGCUGCAGCGACAUGCCUGAGGGGAGCCGCCGCGCUGAAGCUCAGGGCCGCGGACGUUAGAGGAAUCGGCACCGCCGCCAGUGGCCAUGGCGACGGCAUUCCCAUGGCCGCCAGCAUCCAGAAAGGCACGUCCCUCAGGGUCUGCCUGCCUUGCGGUAGAGUGCGGGUGAGGACGGUGGCCGUGUUCCCCCGGCGCGGGAGCGGUGGCGGCACGGUGGCGCUGAGGCUGGGGAAGAAACGGCUGCGCGGUGUCUUCGCCACCUACGAAGACCACGAGGUCCUCGCGCUGUCUCCCGGUGGCGAGGCGGUGAUCGACGGCAGGAGGUGCUUCGCGCUGGCGCUGAGCACGUCGGCAGGGACGACGGUGCAGCUGCUGCUGGAGGAUCAGACGCACUGCGAGGUCUGGAAGGACGCCAUCCAAGGCAUGUUGUCCGAUGCAGAACUCAAGGGUGAAAAGUAA